CGUGUCACAACAAACAAGACUGUGAGUGUUUACAUUUAACAGCUGCUGAGGCAUUAGCCAUUGUUACCGAGAAUGUAGACGCUUUUUUUCCAGAAACCUUGCUUCAGUGAUUGACUUUUCUUCAUAUUUAUACAAUGAAUUCCCAAAUGCCGGAGGUUGUCGACGGGAACGGAGAAAGUUUGGGUCUUCCUGAUCACUUCCUCAAUAUUCCCUUGACAGCACUUCGCUAUUCCGUUAGGAGAGUUGUCGCUCUCCACCUCAACAAUCCCUCAGACGUUGUGGACGAAGAGACAGGAUACGUCAAUGACUACAAUGGUUUGGCCGAGUUUGUCGGAUUUACUUACUUGGAAAUAAAACAUUUCGGAAGACAAAAAAGCCCGACUAAGGAAUUAUUGGAAGAAUGGGAAACAAGGGACGAUCUAGCGCCGUCAACCAUCGGCAAACUUUGGGAGGGACUGUAUAUUCUCAACAGAUUCGAUAUCAUGAAGGAUUGUCAAUUGGCUAUAGUGAAAGAUGUUGAGUCAUACCUGAAAAACAAAGAAAGAGAGAAGGACCUGAUACAACCUCUCCAGAGCAAUGAUGUAUCACAAAGUUCAGACCAUCAAGUAGAAGAAAUAAAAAUAUUAUGUAAACAGGAUGUUGAAAACAACACUCCCCAGUUCUUCGAUGCCUUUGUAUCGUACAACCAUGACGGAAAGGAUCUCAGUUUUGUGAAGAAUAUGAUACAGAUCCUGGAAGGUGAACCCCACAAGCUGAAACUCUUCAUUCCAGGCAGAGACGACCUGCCAGGGGCAGCGAGAUAUGUGAUAGAGGCAAAGCUCAUUGAGUCACGGUGUCGCAGGAUGGUCAUUAUUCUCUCCAAUGAUUAUCUACAGAGCAGUGCUUGUGACUUCCAGUCUAAAUUUGCUCAUGCCCUGUCCCCAGGUGCUCGUAGCAAGAAACUUAUUCCUGUCAUCAUAGAACCGAUGGUACAGAUCCCACAGAUUCUUCGUCAUGUGACAUUGUGUGACUACACCAAAGUCGACUUGCAGGAGUGGUUUUGGAGUCGUCUGUCUUCUGCCAUCAAACAGCCACUUGACCCAGUCACUAGUGGUUGGGGUCAAGGAUCUCUGACAUCAUCAGGAUCAAUGUCUUCGUUAGCAUCGUCGCCAGAUAGUGGCAUUGAGCACUCGAUGUCAUCUAGUUCUGAGAUUAAAAUGGAGAUAUCUUGCAACACCUAUGAUGAUGUAAAGUCAGACUGGGUUGACCUAAGUAAUGAUUUCUCUCUAGAUGAAUCACAGAUGUCACCCCCAUCAGGAGUCUCUUCAUCUGCACCAACCCCUUCCUUCAUUCCAUCUGCUAAACAGGAUGAAAAGGCUGAAACCUGCUACAAAUCGCAAUCAUCGGCAUCCAGUUCUUUGGGAUCUUCUGUUCGAGUGAAGAAGCCAGACCUGAAAAGAAGAAUAUUUGAACAAAUUGGGAAAUUUACAAGUGCAACGUUUAGAGGAUCAAGUAGCUCAUCUGUCAAAGACCACUCUUCCCAAUAACAUAAAACAAUGGUGUAAAACAGCCUUAUUCUCCGAGUGUUUGCUGAUAAAUUACAUUUGUCUCAGGUGACCUAUUGUGAUCUCCUUUUGUCUGCCGUUGUGCAUUGUAAACAAUUUACGUUUUUGACUCAGUGUCAUGGCGGUAAGCCAGCAGCAUAAAGGGAUGAAAGGCUACCAAGUUUAUUCAAAUGAAUGACCUUGACCUAUUUUCAAAGUCACAGGGUUCAAAUAUGCUAACAACAGACAGUGUCAUCAGCUCUGUUAAAUAGAAAGUUGAGCCUUUCAACUUUGAAACAAUUAAAACUUUGUAAGCAUAUAUAUAUCAGUUCUGUUCUGUCUGCCCCAAUGAUGGGACUGAUGGACAGGUUCUAAAACUGUCUAAAGACCUGAAGACCUCAGGUGACCAUUAAGGCCCAUGGGCCUGUUGUUAAUAAGAAAACUCUCUGUGAUGACACAAGGAACAAAUGGCUUAGAUUUACAGAAAUGGUAAAAAAUAAUGGCUGCCUUAAUUUUUUCACAAAUUUGUAAUUUUAGAAUGUUAUUUGUGAUAAAGUCAAUUAUAUGUUUGUUACAAUUGAUGCCUUGUUAGAUGUCAACAUGGUUUAUAAAGAGUCUGAAUAGACUGUUUCGUGUAUGGACUUGUGAUGGAGAUUACUGUCCUUGUGAUACACACGACUCUGUUGUAUAUUUAUCUCUAGCCCGAUAAGAUGACAUUGUUUAGUCUAUGAUUGAUAAGCUGAUAGCCAUGCAGUAUAUUUUCUACAGUAAACCAGACUUAUACCUAUUGGCUGAUAUUGGUUGGUUGCCUUAUAUGGUAUUUAGAUUAUGGCCAGUUCUUGGAUCUAAUUCACGACGCAAAUGGAAGGCAUUUAUUUUAUAAACACUUCAUGUGUAUUAUCACUAUUUAAUUUUAGUAAUACAUGUUGGUUGAUCAUCUUUUCUUUAAUAGGUAUUUUUUUUCAUAUCACACACCAUUCAUUUCAUCACAUAAUCACAGAAUACUUAAUGGUGUAUGAGAAUCCAUUUUCUUUAUUGUAUCGGUAACUCUCCUGGACAAGGUCUAUUCAAUGUGAUGAUAUUAUCAUGUUUAUAUGUAUAUUAUAAUAGUAACAUGAGUAUUACAUACCAGUGUCACGAUUGACAACAGCAAUAUUUAAAACUGAUAACAACUUUACUUAUAUAGAUGAAUCAUGACCAGGUCUUAUCACAUUUUGAUCUGAAACACUGAUGCUCAUAAAAUCCACUGUCAACAUCUUGAUUUGAAUCGGAAAUAUGGUGAAGGGUUCUGUCUGCACCCCUAGGUGUAGCCUCAAUAGAUAUUUAAUAACUAACUUGAUAGAGAUGUCUGUGUUUUAUAGAGAGGUCUGUGUCACAUAAAUGCUUGUUCUUUACAGAUGUCUUUGUUUUAUAGAGAGGUCUGUGUCAAAUAAAUGCUUGCUCUUUA